AUGGGGUCAUCAUCGCAGCCAAAGAAGAAACAGAAGAAAGUGGUAAAGACGUUGUUGAUUGAUGAGCCUGAGGAUGAAGAGCUGGUGGUAAAUGUGGAAGAAGAUCCAUAUGCUGAUAUUGAUCAAGUGAUGUUUAAUGUUGAUGAUUUAGUGACUGAGCAAGUAGCUAAUGUAGAAGCUGAGAAAGAGAAAGUUCUUGAUGAUGUCGAAGGUGAUGAUGUUAAUAAAAGUACUACAAGCUCUUCGAGUUCUUCUGAUGAAGGAAUAGAUGAGACUGAACAUCAAAGAAGAAUUCAAGAAGCUACAGAGAAAGAGAAACAAUUAAGGAAGAGGAAGAGACAGGAGAAAGAUGAUGCUGCAUACGUACCAUCUCCUGAGCACAUUUCUGAAUCUCAAUCACCUUCGAGUGUUAAAAAGAAAGAAGGAGCAAGAAAAAGGAUUGUAUCUCCGAAGAUUAAGAAAGUUACUCCGAAGAUUACAAAGUCGAAGAUUGUUUUAAAGAAGAAACUUUCCAAAGAAUCAAGGAAACCACCACAUGAGCCUACACCACAUCAAUCGCCAAUACAAUCACCACCACAUCAAUCACCUCGACGACAACCUUCUCCACCAAAACAACCUACACCACCGAGACAACCUUCACCAUUACAUCUUUCACCGCUACAUCUCUCACCACCACAACAACAAACCUUAUUCACAUCUUAA